CUGUCCAAAUGAAGCGAAAACGAAAGUGAAGAACCGACCCGCUGCAUCCAAACGCAAACAUGCAAGAGUCUAAGAGUCAAAAGAUCGAAUAGGUGGUGUGCGACUUCAAUCGCAGGUUCAGAAAUGAUACUGCCGGUGGUGAAGCUAGGCACCCUCGCCCUCAAAACCAUGUGCAAACCCAUUGCCGCUCGCCUUAAGAAAGAGGCUGGCUUGCACCCCAAGUUUCGCCAGUUCAUCAUCAACAUUGCCCAGGCAAAUCAUCGAUUCACAACAACUAUGCAAAGACGCAUCUAUGGUCAUGCAACCAAUGUUGAAAUUCGCCCUUUGAAUGAAGAGAAAGCUGUCCAAGCUGCUGCAGAUCUUGUUGGGGAACUUUUUGUGUUCACGGUUGCUGGAGCUGCUGUUAUCUUUGAGGUACAAAGAAAUUCUAGAUCCGAGGCUAGAAAGGAGGAAUUGCGCAAACAGGAACUACAGGCAUUGAAGCAAAGAGAUGAAGAUCUAGCUAGAGAAGUUGAACAACUUAAACACAAACUUGAAGAGCUGGAGCAACUUGCCAAAGGACAAGGACUCAGCGGUCUUUUCAACUUCAAUCAUGCUCAUGCGACUGAAGAUGGAAAAGCAUUACCCAAUUGAUACAGAAAAAGUCAAAUACAACAUGAAGUAUACU